GGUAUUUUAAAAGUGAACCCCAAGAGCCUCAUAUACAUCCUAGUUUUUCUGCUGAAUCAAAAUGGACGCUAAGUGAAGAAAUGAAGCAAUUUAGUGAAAUCACAUAUACGAAGAGAAUUGAACUUAUUAAAGCGAAACUAAUUAACAAGACAGCAUUAGAUAUUUGGCAUCCAAUAACUAUAACAUGUGAAGAAGCUAUCUUCAAAAGACUGAAGGUGAUUCUGAUCGUUCGCGUUUCUGGUGCUUGUCGA